AUGGCUUCUUAUGCGCCCCUCGACCCGGAUUUCAGCCCUUACACUAUCCCUUCGCCUGCAGAAAAGCCGAUUCCUUACCUCAUUACAGCGUUCUUGUUCAUAGCCUUGGUCUAUGCCGUCGGUGACCGUGGCUCAAAGCUCCCGGAAGUCAACCCCUUGAGAGCCUUUGAGUUCACCAACCGACGCCGCAUGAACGAGUUCGUCCAGCACAGCAGGGACAUAAUGUUCAAAGGCAAAGCCACCUUUGCAGGUAGCUUGUACAAGAUGUAUUCGGAGUGGGGAGAGGUCGUGGUCUUGCCGCCGCAAUUCAUCCACGAACUCCGAAGCGAGCCUGCGCUCGACUUUCGGGAGCCUGCCACGGAUGACUCACACGGCUACAUCCCUGGGUUUGAUCCCUUCAAUGGCAACCCUGCACUCGCGAAUGUCGUCACCAAGUACUUGACUAAGGCUCUCACCAAACUUACGAAGCCUCUGUCCGAGGAGGCGACUCUCGUUAUCCGUCACGUUCUGACCGACUCGACUGACUGGCACCAGAUAGUUCCCCAUAAAGACAUCAUACGAAUUGUCUCCCGUCUCUCCUCCAGAGUGUUUAUGGGCGAGGAGCUCUGCCGAGACGAAGAAUGGGUCCGUGUAUCGGGAGACUACACCGCUGCCGCUUUCUCCGUUAUGAACGAGCUGAACCAGUGGCCACGACGGGUACGUCCCGUCGUUCACUGGUUUCUCCCUUCCUGCCGGCGCGUCCGCAGUCUCCUCGCCGAGUGCCACAAGUCACUGAAGCCGCACCUCGAGCAGCGGAACGCCCGUAAGAUGGCGGCUGUGGCACGCGGGGAAACCAAGGCCGUUUUUGACGACUCCAUCGAGUGGUUCGACCAGGAAUCCAAGACCAAGCACAAUCCAGCCACUGAUCAAAUUUCGCUGUCGCUGGUUGCGAUCCACACGACGAGUGAUUUGCUGCAGCAGACUAUGCUUGACCUGGCCAGCCAUCCAGAGCUGUUCCAGCCGCUACGAGAAGAACUCAUUCGCGUCCUGAGUGCCGAGGGGCUCAAAAAGACGGCUCUCUAUAGCUUGAAACUUAUGGACAGCGUGAUCAAGGAGUCGCAGCGGAUGAAACCAGUGCUACUUUCCACCUGGCGCCGCCUUGCAAAGAAGGAUAUCGAGUUGUCUAACGGCUUCGUCCUGCGCAGAGGCCAAAAGGUCAUCGCUACCAACACCCACAUGUGGGACGCCGAGUUCUACGAGAACCCGCUCACCUACGACGGCUACCGCUUCCUGAACAUGCGCAGCACCGACGAGGAGAAGCACGCCCAUCUGGUCAGCACCAGCGCGAAGCAUCCCGGAUUCGGCCAUGGUGCGCACGCGUGCCCCGGUCGCUUCUUCGCGGCGAACGAGGUCAAGAUCGCGCUUGCUCAUCUUCUCUUGAAGUACGAAUGGAAGCUCCCUGAGGGUUCUAGCUUCAAGCCUAUACCUUAUGGGAUGUCGUUCCUGCCGGAUCCCACUGCGGCGUUGUUGAUUCGUCGGAGAAAGGAAGAGCUUGACUUGGAAUCGUUGGAUUGUUAA